ACUACUACCCAAUCGACGACUGCCACAACCCCCGCAUCAUCAGCUACUUCUACGCAGUCAUCAUCAACAGUGACACCUCCUUACUACCCAAUCGACGACUGCCACAACCCCUGCAGCGUCUUUACCAUCUUCACGCAAUCAUCGUCAACAGUGACACCUCCGGCAACAACUACAACCCAAUCGACGACUACCACAACCCCCGCAUCAUCAGCUACUUCUACGCAGUCAUCAUCAACAGUGACACCUCCUGCAACAACUACUACCCAAUCGACGACUGCCACAACCCCUGCAUCAUCUUUACCAUCUUCCACGCAGUCAUCGUCAACAGUGACAUCUCCGGCAAUAACUACUACCCAAGCCACGACUGCCACAACCCCCGCAGCAUCAGCUACUUCUACACACUACUUCUAUGCUGUCAUCGUCAAUGGUGACACCUCCGGCAACAACUACUACGCAAUCGACCACUGCCAUGACCCCUGA